AUGUCCCUCCUCUCCUCAAUCACCGACUUCCUCCAAGCCCUCCGCGGCACAAACCCAACCCCCCUCCCAGACCCUAGCCCACCACCAACCCUAACAAACAAAUGGAUAAUAAUAACCGGCUCCAACAACGGCGUAGGCCUCGAAGCAUGCAAACUCUUCGCAAAAUGGGGCGCAAAUCUCCUCCUCGCCUGUCGCGAGCAGCCUCCAUCCUGGGAACUCACCCCCGCAUCCGCAGUAGAAACAUGCAAAGACCUCGCUGUCGCGCACGGCCACACAUCCACAAUCGAAGCUUGGCCCCUUGAUCUGGCUGAUUUCGGCAGUGUCGAGGCUUUUGCGAAGAGGUGGUUGCUAAGCGGUCGUGUUUUGGAUGUUCUGGUUAAUAAUGCUGGGAUUGCGGCGGAUCAAGGGGAAGAGACGGGGGAUGGGUUUAGGGUUAUUUAUCAGGUCAACUUCCUCUCCCAAACCCUUCUAACCCUUCAUCUCCUCCCAUCUCUCUCCCGUGCCAACAAUCCCCGCAUCCUCUGUACAACGUCUUGCUCGCACCAUUUCGGCAUUUUCGAUUUGGAUACGCUUGAGCCAAAACAGAAACAGCAACAGCAACGGAAAGGAACAAAUGAUUACGGGAAUAGUAAGCUUUUUCUACAGAUGUGGGUUGCGGAAUUACAGAGGAGACUCGAUAAUCACCUGGAAUACAACCACAUCACGAUCAAUGGGUUGCAUCCUGGGUUUGUUGAGACGGGGAUUUGGGAGGGGCUGAGGAGUGUUGGGAAGAUGUCUGCUGGCGUUGCGGGCUUGGUACGGUGGUUUUCUGUUACAGCGAGGCAGGGCGGGUUGGCCGUUGCUGUUGUUGCUGUCGGGUUGGAGGGGAAGGAGGGUGGGGGGAAGUAUUUCAAUCGGGUUUGGGAGGCGAGGGCGAAGUUUUGGUCUCAGGAUCUUGAGGCUAGAGGGAGGCUGUGGGGGAAGGUGGAUGAGGUGCUUGAUUUGAGGGAGAAGGGGCUUUUGGGUGGGUUGGGCGGUUGA